CGCCCCGUCACCAAUGGCGGACUUCUUUACCACGACCAAGAAAGGCGAGGUGCAUGAGCUGAAGCGGGCGCUGGCGUCGUUGGACGAUGGCGAUCAGGCCAUGGCUAUGAAGAAGAUCAUUGCGGCAAUGACAGUGGGAAGGACGUGCGUGCGCUGUUUGUGGAGGUGCUCAAGUGCAUCCAGACGACCAACCUGGAGCUCAAGAAGCUGGUCUAUCUCUACCUCAUGAACUACGCCAAGACCGAGCCGGAGAAGGCGAUUCUGGCUGUGUCAACCUUUACGCGCGACGCAGCGUCGCACAAUCCGCUUAUCCGGGCACUCGCCAUCCGCACCAUGUCAUGCAUCCAGGUCCACGAGAUUGUGCAGUACCUGUCGGACCCACUGCGUGCGGCACUGGGCGAUGUCGACCCAUAUGUGCGCAAGACAGCGGCGGUGUGCGUGGCCAAGCUGUACGACAUUGAUGCCGAGCUGGCGGUCGACCAGGGCUUUGUGGAGGCUCUGGUUGACCUGGUUUCGGACCCGAACGCGGCGGUGGUGUCCAACGCUGUUGCGGCGCUGGCGGACAUUUCCGACUCGGCGCCCGAGCCUGUCUUCCAGAUCACGGCGGCGCGGCUGCGGCACAUGCUUGCUGCGCUGACUGAGGCCAACGAGUGGGGUCAAGUCUUUCUUCUUGACUCGCUCGUCCGGUUUGUCCCGCCGGACACGAAUACGGCCGAGCGUGUUGUCGAGCGUGCGACGCCACACCUGCAGCAUGCGAAUCCUGCGGUAGUCCUUUCGGCCGUCAACGUUGUCCUGCACUUUGUCAAGUACAUGGGCAACCAGAACACGAUCCAGGCGAGCAUGAUGAAGCUCUCUGCGCCGCUCUGCUCGCUUGUCUCUGCAGAACCCGAGAUUGCGUACGUCGCGCUGCGGUCGAUGAUGCUUAUCGCCGAGGCACACCCGCUGCUGCUCCGCAACGAGGUUCCGCGGUUCUUUGUUCGCUACGACGACCCGCCGUACGUCAAAACGCUCAAGGUGGAUCUGCUUGCGCGGCUGACGUCGUCGCGCAACGCCGAAGCUGUCCUCUCGGAGCUUUCGAGCUACAUGGUCGACAUCGAUGCGGUGCUCAUCAAGCAUGCAGUCCGCGCAGUCAAGUCGCUGGCGAUCCGACUGCCCGAUGUGGCCGCCCUCGGUGUCAAGGCCCUUUUCACCGCCAUCCAGGUCUCGCAGCGCAACGAGUCGCACAUGUCGCACCUACUGGUGGAGGAGACGGCCAUUGCGCUGCAGGACAUUCUCCGCCGCUACCCAGACGACUUUGAGGUCGCUGCCGUCAAGGUUCUGGAGCUUGCUGACAGCAUCGCCUCGCCCGAGGCGCUUGCCGCGCUGGUCUGGAUCCUCGGUGAGCACGCGCACCUUGCUGAUGCUGCAGCGGAAAUGCUCGACGAGUGGCUCGACGACUGGGAAGCGCAUCCGACGUGCGUCCGCGACGCCCUGGUGCCUGCCGUCGUCAAGUGCUAUCUCAAGAAGCCCAACGACGCUCAACAGCUUGUCACUCGCCUGCUCGACCUUGCCACAAACGAUCCGCGCGAUCCAGACAUUCGCGACCGUGCGUACAUGUACUGGCGGCUGCUGUCGUCCAAGCCGGACGCGGCGCGCCUGCUCAUCUUUGACCGCCCGCGCAUCUCGUCAGACGAGGCCGCCAUCGAGCCUGGCCUCCUCUCGCACCUUCUCUCGCAGAUCUCGCAGCUCUCCUCGGUCUACCAUCGGCCGUUUGACGCGCUGACCGCUGCUCCGAAUGCCCGCAACGACCGCGCGGCAUCGCCGGAGCCGUCACCGGUCGCGGCUGACGGGCCUGCCCAGGACCAGCCGGCCGCCCCCGCCCCGGCGCCGGCUUCUGCACCUGCUCCGGCGCCCGCCGCUGCCCCGGCUGCAGCUCCCGCUGGCGGCUCGCUCAUCGACCUCAUGUCAUCAACACCUACGCCGGAGCCUGCUCCGGCUUCGGCUGUUCCGGCAUCGUUGCUGGAUCUGGUGGCGCCUGCGGCAUCACCGAGUCCUUCUGCCCCGUCGUCGAGCUCCGGCUCGUUGCUCAUGGACGGUUUGCUCGGCGGACCGGCCAACGGGUCAUCGUCGAGUGCCGUGAGCUCGGUUGCCGGACCCACCGCGCGCGUUCUCGAGUCUGCUGCCGGCAAGGGUCUCCAGAUCGAUGCUGGCUUUGUGCGCAAUGGCAACUCGGUCGGCCUUGUGCUCGAACUCGCCAACCGAUCGAUGGUGGCUAUGAACCAGUUUGCGGUCCAGUUCAACAAGAACACGUUCUCGCUUGCACCGACUGUGGCACUCGGCACGCUCGUCCAGAGCAUUCCGACCGGCGGCAGCACGACCGUUACGCUCCCUCUCUCGCACGCCACCAAGCCGCAAAGCUACGAGGGCACACCGCUCGAUGCGCUCCAGGUCGCCAUCCAGACCAACGCUGGCGUUGUCUACUUUCAGGUUGCGGUCCCUCUCUUUGUGUUCUUUGACGGCAGCACCAUCGAGCGCGGCGUCUUCCUGCAGGGCUGGCGCAACAUGGAGGCGCUCGAGACGGUCCGCGAGGUGCCCGGCCUCUCGGUGGGCGACUUUGACUCGCUCGCCACUUCCCAGUUCAACGUCCAUCUUAUCGCCUCGCGCGUCUCGGACGACGGCACCCGUAUCGCCUUCUUCUGCGCCUCCAUCGGCGAGGCGCCGUUCCUCUCCGAGGUCCGGGUCACCUCAACGUCGACCCACGUCUCGGUCCGCACACCGGCUGCCACUCUUGUGGACAUGUUCAUUGCCUCGCUCGCCCACGUCCUCACCGCCGCUGCGUAAAGCAAACAAC